AUGUCCUCUAAGGAACCAGAACCAGAAUCAGACGACGCGAAGCCUUUUGUUUUGUUUUUAUAUACCAUCUGCCGUCAACCUUCGACUAUCGGCGUAACCUUCACUAUCGUCCAUCCUACCUUAGCCGUUGUUCUUCUUGUUGUUAUUUUUGUUGUCUUUAUUAUUGCAAUGACCAUGUUGCACCGUCGAACAGAGACGGUUGUCGCCGCUGAUGAUUUUCCGCGGCAUAUCUACACCAAGAGACUGAUAUAUAGAUGCCAGUCCGUCACUCCCUCAUAUCCAUCUCCAUCCUUAGCCACUCCGCCUCCACCUCCGCCAAUACAUUCCUACGUCUCUCUCCGAACCAUUGUACUUCUUGCGCUGCCUCUUCUGUCUCUGCUUGGUGGCUAUGGAACCUGGGCAUUAGCAUCCUCGAACGGCACAUUCGAAAAUAUCUUCGCCUUGAUUGCCUCCAAGGAUCCGAAGUUUCCUGGCACGGAUGAUCCGUUGGUAGAUACCUACACGACAAUCCCGUGGCUGGACAGGCAGUUGACGAUCCUGGUGACCUUCUUCGCCCCGGUCGUGUACCGGGAAACCGGAGCCCUCACGUUGUUAUCACGCUAUGGCAUUGGCCAAUUUGGAGGAGCCUGGACUUUGAUAGUCAUGGAGGGCAUGCGUGCGGGCAAUCGCUGGAGGGCCGUGAGUUUUGUCGCCACGAUGGGACUUAUCUUCCAGAACAUAUCAUACACAGUCACUGUUCCGAUAUGGCUCUUCUUGCAUCUCCUAACAUCACCAGUCGCCCGGCCUUUCCCAAGCAAUAGCAUACACGCCAACAGUGGCCUACUUAUCGAUCCGUGGGACCUUGUUAUCCUACCAUACUCGGUGGCCAUCAGCUUCCUCCUCCCAUCAAUCCUCAUGGCGCUGCACCAUCCCAGCGUGGUAUCGACACGCACACACCAGCAACUCAUUGCUUUCUGGCAGCCGUUCCCCCUCUGGACAGUGAUAGCACACUUCUUCCUCCGCGGCACUGCACGCUGGCUGUCCGGCAUCUUCCACAGCACCCGCACCAAGCAGGACACCUCGCGGCCCACCGAGGCGCCUGGAGCAUCGUAUCUGAGCAACGCAAAGCACGUCUACCGAUUCGUGCUGUUCCUCUGCAUCAGCACUCACGUGCCAACGUUCGUGCUCGCACUCCUCCCAGCCGGCGCGGUUCCGGCCUCGAUGCCCAGCCUCGCGGCCCUGGCAUCACACUCCUUCGCCUCGGUCUACGUCCCCUAUUUCCCCGUCCCCUCUUACCGGGUAUCCUCCCUGGCUGAAGGCGUGCACACUUUCCUCGCCUGGGACCUGCACAUCGGCUCCACGGCGCUGCUGUGCUGGGCAAUCCUGCUCCACAGGAACGCGACGACGGAGAGGGCCAACGAGGACCCAAACGUCAGUCUGCCGAUCUACAGGGACUUGCUGCUGGGCGAGAGGAUCGAGGACGGGCUGGCCUGGAGGAAGUUGAUCGGGAAGGUGACCGUCUGGACCCUGCUGGGGGGACCCAUUGCCGCCGUGGCCGUGCUCUUGUGGGAGAGGGAUGCGAUUGUGAGGCGGAAGAUCAAGCAGGGGGUAUGA